AUGCAUCGACUUUGUGCUAAGCUCGAGCCAUCUAUAACCAUCACCGAGCAAAACCUGGCAGACCGAGUUCGGUAUAUCUUGCGCUCAAAUACAUUUGAUGUCACCGAACUCGAACGGCUACGACGUGAGGCUGUUCCUUCAUCGGAUGAAAAUGCUACGGCUGAGGAUGCAGCGCCACAACUUGCACAGCAAUCGGCAAAUGUGGAUGGCGCCGUGAAUACCCCAGUUUUGGUUGAUUCAAACGAUGAUGGAACAGUCGCCCAGGAACUGGAAGUGGAGCAAAUGAGGAGUACAUUGAAUGAGGCGAUUUUGGAAACGCGCAGUACGCCUCUCGAAAAUCGACCGCGACUUCACCGCAUAGAUCUAAGCAAGCGGAAUCGGAAUGUCGUGAGGGCUCUGAACCCAAAUUUGGUGACCAAUUUGGAAGCCAGCCGGGACCUUUGCGAGACGGACUCAUUUCUCUUUGGCGCCGCACUGGCAAUCUGCCGUAUUAUAGGCGCCAAACUUUCCACGGCUGGACGCACUACUGGACUAGUGCUAUCUCUUGUUCUCUAG